CGGUGAAUCUUGGGAAUGGGAAUGUGUGGAGCCCACUUUGAAGAUCCUUUUUCUUGGGGAGCCAUCUUCAUUCAGGACGUGUGUUUUCUGACCUUUUGCUUGCCUCUUCUUUGCAGCGGGUUUUUUGGUGAUCCAGACAGCUUCUCCAUGUACACCAGCAACAGAGUGAAGAGAAGACCUUCUCCUUAUGAAAUGGAUAUCUCAGAGGGUCCCCAUACAAAAGUGGUUCGCCGCAUUUUUACCAAUAGCCGGGAGAGGUGGAGACAGCAGAACGUCAACGGUGCCUUUGCAGAACUUCGCAAGCUCAUCCCGACGCACCCGCCGGACAAGAAGCUGAGCAAGAAUGAAAUCUUACGUCUGGCUAUGAAAUACAUCAACUUCCUGGCCAAACUGCUCAACGACCAGGAGGAAGAAGGAAACCAAAGGGGCAAAGUGAACAAAGACACUGGGAUAGUCCAAGAAGACCUCCUGCAGGACAUGUUGUCUCCAAACUCUAGCUGUGGAAGCUCUUUGGAUGGCGCAGGAAGCCCGGACAGCUUCACAGAAGAGCACGAAGCAUUAGAAACCAAGCACACGAGGAGCCUCCAUCACUCCAUCCUGCCCGUAGAAGGCAACGCGCAGCGAUGAUGAACUUCCCAGUCACUCGUUGAACCGAGAGGGGAAAGCGAUUGGAUCUGGACUCUUACAAUUUCUUGCUCCGCAUCUCCCGGAAGAAAGGGGGGACUUCGGUUCCUUCAGUUCUCGCAGUCCUGGAAGUGGACGGAGAGCGGGUUGUUAGCGAACACGACCGAGUCAAGUGGACGUCCAAUAUUUAGGUACUUGAUCAGACACUGAAGAAAAGCUCUGACAUCGUCUUAGUGUACAUAUUGCUCAUGAUUUAACACAGGCAAGGAGAAAAACCUGGCCGUCAUCUCUUUAGCAUUCAGAAGGGUCCCCCCCCCAAAAUAUUCGAUGAUAACCUCUUUUAAAACAGAGUGUACCUGCAACAUGAAACAAGGCCCCUUCUUUCACUGCCAGGAUAAGCCACAAAUCCUCUCCAAGUACAUGUGGCGGCAACAACCACUGCAAAUCCCCUUCGCAGUAUUUUUGGCAUUUCUCUGGCCCUUCACGAAGUAUAUGCAACUUGUCUGGAUGGAGACUAUGGCAAUACGCUUUUGUUGUCUGAGAGCUUUUGACUGUACCUUUCUAGAGAGGUGAUACAAUCCCUCUGCAAAAAAACAAAAAAAACUAUUGCAAGGACUGAGACUUUUUUUU